CCGCCUUUUCCGGUUUGUUGAGCGUUUGUUUUCAUCCGCGGUGUGCGCAGGUCGUCGGAGUGGGCGUUCCUCUGUGUUCGUUCGCUGACUGUUGAUGCUGAGCAGGCUUUUCGGUAAUUCGACCAGAUGUUUCUCCCUACUCUCGUAGAGGACAUGCAUCAUUUUAAACCAAGUCGGGAUAGACUGUACACCACCCGGUGCUGUGGAUGUUGCCAUGUUCGAACUGGGACCAUUAUCUUGGGAACAUGGUACAUGGUAGUCAACCUGUUGAUGGGCAUCCUUCUGACUGUGGCCGUGACGCACCCAGAGAAUGUUCCUACCAUUGACUUGCAGUACGAGGUCAUUGACCAUUACUUUGCCUCCGACAGGAUGUCCGAAAAUGCUUGUGUUGGAUUUGCUAUCUCGCUGCUGAUGCUUACCAUCAGCGCCAUGAUGGUGUACGGAGCAAUCACUCAUCGUGACGGAUGGCUCAUCCCGUUUUUCUGCUACCAGCUGUUUGACUUUGCUCUGAGCUGCCUGGUGGCCAUCAGCUCUCUCACCUACCUGCCCAGGAUCAGAGACUACCUGGAUCAGCUGCCGGACUUCCCCUACAAGGAUUACCUUCUGUCUCUGAACUCCAGCUGUCUGCUGCUCUUUGUGCUCGUCUUCUUCGCCUUCCUCAUCAUCCUCAAGGCUUAUUUGAUCAACUGCGUGUGGAACUGCUACAAGUACAUCAACAACAGGAACAUGCCGGAAAUUGCUGUUUAUCCCACCUUUGAGACUCCUCCCCAGUACAUCCUACCCACUUAUGAGAUGGCAAUGAAGAUGCCAGAGAAGGACCCGCCUCCCCCUUACAUGCCAGCCUAAGCACCAGCCGUGUUGCCAACACACACACAUGCACACACACACACACACCAUCAUAUGCAUUCCUACAUACCCUCUCCAGCCCAUUCUGAACACCAUUGUGCCCUGAAUGAUGUUUUAUUUCAUCCUCCGUGCUGUCUAUCAUUUAGAGUGUUUGUAGAACAUCCUGGAGAUGUGAAAGGAAACGGGUGAGAAACGUCAGACUUGUGUGAAAAUGAGUGAAUGUGUGGUUUGAAAUAAAUAAAGCAAUGGAAGGAAUCCUCCACCCUUUUCUCCCUCCUACAACCUUUUUUUUUUAAUCUUAGUGAAAGAAUAUGUGGGAAAAUGAAGUAGCUAAAGACGUUUUCAUCGACCCAGCUCUGUUCCUAUCAGUGGAUCAAAUGAAGUGUUGAAAAUUUGUUUUUUAAAGAAGAAAAAUAACAACAAUCCACUUCUUAGACUAUUGUUGAAUUGUGUUCGUUAUCCUGUGUUUAAGACCAAGGCUGUUCCUUCUCGUCUUGAAUGUAGUCUUUAGCACCUAAUUUAGUUUUAUUUAUUUAGCUUUGCUGUAGUACGGUCCCCCUCCCCAGCAGACGCCAUCACCGCUUCGCUGCCAUGAUGUUCGAGUAAAGCUGCUAAAUGGUUUUUCCAGCUGGGGCUGAGAGAUUCUCGCCUCUGGAGCAAACGGCUUCGCUUGUGAACAUUAGUUGUUGCAUGCUUAUCAACACAUACUCCAUUACUUAACUGGUAAUAUGAUUUAAUCCAAGUGGAGAUACAAAUAACUUCAAUAAAUGUCUCUGAACAA